AUGAAAAGCAGCAGCCCCGUUGAGCACAGCCUCACAUAUAAUGUCUCUCCAGAUGCAGAGAAAGUUAUUUCCGAACAGAGCUCAUGGAGCUCUCGGCUUUCAGAGCUGUAUUCGGAUAAUCUCAUUGCAAAGGUGCUUCGAACAGCCGCCGUUUAUUUAGAAAACAACGAAAUACCAAGUCAAUAUCCAGAAAUCGUGCCUCAAACCGGGAUCAAUAAGGGGAAAUGGGAGUCCCGGGAGAUUGAUUUUUGGACGAGCGGCUUCUUCCCAGGUUGCAUAUACUCUGCUCUCGAGACUUGCAUCAGACAUCCUGACAAAUCUGGUCUGCAUCAUGGAGCAAUCGAUCCGCAGCUCAUUAUCAGAGAGCUUGCAGAAAGCGGCCGCCGAUGGUCGGAUCCCUUGAAAGGACAGGCUCUGCGGACAGACACUCACGAUCUCGGGUUCGUGAUUUUGCCAUCUAUGAGGCCUCGGUGGGAGCUAUUCCACGAUCAGGAUGCUCUAAAAACGAUCAUACGAGCUGCAAACAGUCUGGCGUCACGUUUUGAUAACAGGGUCUCAGCAGUUCGAUCUUGGGAUACUUUCGAUUGGCAUGACAACGUCAAAAUUACAUCCCAGGAGGAGAACUUUCUAGUCAUUAUCGAUUCCAUGGCCAACAUGGAGCUACUGUUUUAUGCUGCUGCGCAGUCGGGCGACGCGCGGCUAGCUAAUAUAGCCGUGGCGCAUUCCCGCACUUUGAUGAGCUCCCACCUCCGUAAAGAGACUUGCGCUCGAAAGGGUUAUCAAGGAGAACUGUAUAGCACUCCUCAUCUUGUCAACUUUGACCCCAGAACUGGUCUGAUCAAGGAGAUCCGCACAGCCCAGGGUUACAGUGACAGCUCUACUUGGAGCCGAGGGCAAUCUUGGGGCAUCCUGGGUUACGCGCAAGCAUACCAAUGGUCGGGUCAUGGAGAGUUUCUCGAAGCAGCGUGUGGCUUGGCUGAAUACUUUUUGCUCAAACUAGAGACUGCCCCAGACUGUGUCGAUAAAGCUAUUGCCAACGGGUCCACUGAGCCAAGGAAAUCGGGCAGAUACGUCCCGCUCUGGGACUUUGACGCUCCGAUUGAGGAUUUUGAGAAUCCUCUCAGAGAUGUUUCUGCCGGGAUAAUUGCUGCUAAUGGGAUGGUAGUCCUUGCACAAUGCUUCACAGCGCUUGGAGAUCACCGACGCAACGCAAGAUACUUGGAUGCGGCACUCAUUAUAGUUGAAGAUACCCUCAACUUUGCAUUGGCUCGUGAAAAGGCCCACGUUGUGCACACAGAUGUUGAGCCCUUCAAGAUUAAUAUUUCUGGUGUAGGAGAACGAUUUGAUGCCAUCUUGAAGCAUUCUACAGUAUGUUACAAUGCCUCCAGCUUUAGGAAGAACAAGGCACAUGACCACGGGCUAGUCUAUGCAGACUAUUAUCUUCUUACGUUGAAGAACCGCUUGUUACAGAUGGGAAUUAUAUAA